UACCACCGACGGGCUCACUCCACUCCCGCUGGUAUUGUGACCAUGCCGGAUAUCAACUGCGUGGGCCGGGAGAAGGUGGUAGACCUGGAUGAAGUGCUGGUGACGGAGCUGGGGCAGUUCGGGUGGUACCAGACCAGGAAUAUCCUGCUGGCCGGAAUAGCCAUCAUAUCUUCGGCGUUCUUCAGCGAGUAUGUUUUCACAGCUGCCGCUGUACCACACAGAUGUCGCAUCCCAGAAUGCGGGGAGACGUCCAAAUCGGACAUCUUCGAGCCGGAGUGGAUAACCAACGCUAUUCCUCUCACCGGCUCCGGCAGCCUGGAGAGUUGUGAGCGGUUCGUGGGCCUCGGCAACGGGACCUUGGACUACUGUCCUGCCAGCCUGUUCGGCCAGGCCAGGGAGGAGUGUGAGGAGUUCGUUUAUGGUCUGGAUAUCUCUGUCGCUUAUGAUUUCGACCUCGGCUGCCGUGACUGGGUGCGGGCUCUGUCCGGGACGGUUUCCAGCAUCGGAACACUUCUGGUGCUUCCCAUCAUCGGAUACAUCUCGGACAAGUUCGGUCGCAAGAUCGCCCUGGUCAUCAGCGUUUUCAACCUGGCGUUGUUCGGCGUCAUCAAAGCCUUCUCCGUUAAUUUGACCAUGUAUAUGAUCAUGCAGCUCGUCCAUACCACCCUUGGAGCCGGUAUCUACAGUUCUGCUUUUAUAUUGGCGGCUGAAAUGGUCGGUCCAAAAUAUCGUGUACUGACCAGCGCAAUACAAUCCUCGCUUUUCGCAUCUGGUCAGAUGUUGAUGGGUUUGAUUGCGUGGGGGAUACAGCCCUGGAGAUACCUGAUGCUGGCUCUAUACACACCCUGCUUCCUCAUGGUCAGCUACUAUUGGUUGCUAUCAGAGAGCGUGAGAUGGUUGCUGUCGAAGCACAAGUAUGAGGAAGCAAGGAAGGUACUAGAGAACGUGGCUGAACUGAACAAUACAACAAUCAGCGAAAAAUCAAUUAUAGCACUCAUGACGCAAAUAGAAAAUUCCCAACCUGAGGAGGAUAAACAGAGUUUGGUAACAAGAAUUAUUCGAUCCCCUAUCCUUCUACGAAGAGUUUGUACUACACCUAUUUGGUGGAUAACAACCAUUUUCGUCUACUAUGGACUCUCUAUCAACUCGACCAGCCUUUCCGAGACAACAUACCUGAAUUACAUUGUGACUUGUGGCAUCGAAAUUCCCGGAUUCUUCACGGCUGUACUGAUUUUGGAUAAAAUUGGCAGAAAGGCCACGCUGACAUCUGGAUUCUUCUUAAGUGCGGCCUGCAAUAUCGGUUUUAUCUUUAUCCCUGCUGAAAUAACCGUCGCUCGCCUGAUAAUAUUUCUACUUGGUAAAUUCGGGAUCUCCGUAGUUAUGACAUCUCUCUAUCUCUACACAUCAGAGUUGUAUCCGACUGAGUUCAGACAUACUCUGCUGGCGUUCUCUUCUAUGAUUGGAAGGAUAGGAUCUAUCACGGCGCCUCUAACACCUGUAUUGGCAAACUAUUGGCACGGCACUCCCUCAGCCCUGUUUGGAGGCAUGGCUGUUGUAUCUGGUCUUUUAACUCUAACUCAACCUGAAACCCUCGGAACAAGGAUGCCAAAUACGCUAGAAGAAGCAGAAGCGAUAGGAAAACCAGAAAUGAAAAUACGAAAUGAAGCGUAGGUAAUAUUUAAGAAUUACAUGAAAUGCUGUAAAGUGCAUAAUAUUUAAUGCACUCUAGUAUAUUUUGAUAUCAAUUUUGUAUUUUACGAUGUACUAGGUAUACAAAAAUUUGACAGUCUGUCUUUCUGUCUGU